AUGUAUAGCUUAUAUCUGUGUGGUUUUACUCGGAUUAGAUCUUGGAAUCUUAAAGCCCCGGAACCAAUACUUAAUAUGUGGGGCACGUGUGUGGCUCAUCUCCUUCGCAUUCACUAUAGCGUUCGGAGCAAUGUUUACCAAGAUGUGGAGGGUGUAUAACAUCGUCAUCAACAAACGUACCAUGAGGAAGGUGAUCAAGGACCGGCAUCUUGUUGCCAUUAUCGUCGUGCUUUUACUCAUCGACAUCGUCAUUCUUGUCACCCGGGAGAUCGUUGAUCCGUCUCACGUCAUCGAUGAGCUGAUCGAACAACCACGGACCCAGAAAGACCGUGACAAUUUUGUACUGUAUAUCCACGUGUAUCGGCGAUGUUCUACAAAGUACAACACAAUUUGGACCGUUAUCCUGGCCGUAUACAAGUCCUUUAUCAUGAUAUUUGGAGCUUUCCUAUCUUUCCAGACGAGGACUGUCAGCCUACCUGGACUAAACGACAGCUACUAUGUUGGAAUAUCUAUUUACAAUGCUUGCUUGUGUUGCGCCGUUGCUGUUCCCCUCUCUCUCUUCAACAUAAACUCACUCAACGUGACCUAUAUAGUCACUUCCGGGUUCAUCAUCUUUUGUGCUACAACCAUUCUGUGUACACUCUUCCUCCCCAAGUUCUCCGCCCUGUACCGUCAGCAACACGAAGUUGGUACCAUCCAGCGAUUCGGGGUAAACACGGUGUCUUCUGUAGCCGGAACAUCAUCAGGACAAACAGUCACUAUGGUGGGGCGAGAACCAACUCAGCUAGAUGAACAUAACGCCAUUAACACGAAGGCCUGAACUAACACAGCUAGUAACACAGCCAGAUGAACAUACCAUCAACGACAUAAAGCCGAAACCAACACAGCUAGAUUAACACAACGUCAUCAUCAAGAACGACCGAACUAACACAGCUGGAUGAACAUAACAUCAACAACAAAAAGACU